GCCGCGGGAGGUGACCUUUCUGAUGUAAAUACAAAGAAGUACACGACGGAGAUCUGGCCUCACAACUCGCACAGUUUUUGUUAUUUCUGCAUAAUGAUGGCUUAUUCAUGUCUGAUUAUGGUACUUGUUUCUAAUAAGGCACUAACAAAUUCAUUAACCACAGCUUUAAAGGUCAUUAUUAAAGGAUAAGGUCACCCAAAAUUUAAAGUUCAGUCAUUCAUGCGGUAGUAAAGAAAGACAGUUUCUUAGUCCACAAAACAUUUCUGGACUUUCACAGCAGAACAACGUUGCUGCUUUCAACUAAACAACUGAAGUAGAUGUUGUUUAGUUGAAAAAAAACCAAAAGAAAACAAAGAUAAAAUGACUCCAUACAGCUCAUCCGUUGUAAUCUAAGCCUCUGGAAGAUCCCAGAGAUCCCAAUCUGACUUGUGGAGGGAAGGGACUUUUCCACAACCUGGCAAUCCCAAAGUCGUUCCUGACUGCUCACAACCGAUCAAUACAAAAUUAUAAAUCCAUGGUAUUUGAAAUAUUAGAAAGUAGCAUCAUGAUACAUAUUAUAAGUUGUUAUUUUCUUCUGUCUUGAAUAAAUGUUAAUGUAUGCAAACAUGUGUUACAUCAGCCCCUGUCUGAGAUGUGUGUGUUUCACUUGUGCAACGUGUCUGUCAGAUGACUAGUUGUGCUGCAGAAGACUCCAAGGAUCAGUCCUAAUGUGCUGCAUGCGUGCUCUUCACUUUUGUCCCGUUGUAUUCAUAUUUUGUUUUAUCUCAGUGAAUUGCACUAACAAGUAAUUAUAACAGCAGCCGGAGCAAAAACAUUUUAAAAAAAAAAUAAUAAAGAAAGAAAAUAAAGAGACGCGCUACAUCCAUGAGGCACCGUGCAGUCACAUGUCAGGGCAGGUUUUGGUCACGAGCCAGAGCUGACAAACCGCAGAUCUUCCAGAGUCCGGCUCCUGAGCGGCUCCUGAGCCCGCUGCUGCCGCUGCUGCCGGGGUUAACGCGAGUGUCAGGAGAAGAGGGCUUAAAGACUUUAACUAGGUGAAAGCCAUCUGUCAGCCACAGCGGGGCUGCCGCUGCCUGCCGCCGCCACCGCCGCUGCUGCUGGGGGACGGUGACAUGUGGACGGCGCGUCCGUGGCCCUUUAAGAAACUCCAUGUUUUCGCUACAUGAUGCGUCAACAUAAAAAGCGGAUGAUGCUGUUAUGUAAAAACACGCUGAAGUGGAGCCGUACUUCGCAGGAGCCAAGUGAACGCUUCUCUCGCCUCGUUUCGUCUUCCGAACCGGGAUUGUAGUUUGAAGUGUUUUUUUUUUUUUUUUUUUUUGUUACGCGGAGCGCACGGGAGCGGCGCAGUUUGGAGUUGAAAAAAAAAAGAGACAGAGAGAGAGAGAAAAAAAAAAAACAGGCUUCAGUCGAUCAACUCAACAUGAGUCGUCCUCCGCUCCGUUUUCCUCCUUCACUUGUGGGAAGCGUACACCUGACGCAUCGCUCUCUCGCCCUGUGGAAGUGAUCUCCCCUCGAUCAGAUCGUCUCCCUCGGGGAGGAGGUGGAUUUUUUUCUUCUUCUCCCCAGUCUACGAAGCGGUGCUGAUCCAUGAUGAUGCUCACUGCAGGGUCUCUCUGAGCUCAACACCACCAUCGUACGACCCUGUGGAUGAAGAGAAGAAGGUGGAUCUUCCUGUGGAUGCUGAGACCAUGGUGAAAGCUCAGCGGAGCCAGCCUGUGAAAUGCAGGAAGCCCCUAAAGGAGAAGGGAGGCAAGGGCAACGGAGGUGGUGCGACGAAAGGGAAGGAGAGAAAGAAUGAGAUGAGAGGAAAGAAGAGGAAGGAUAAGAAAGAGUCACACCGACACAGGAAGAAGACGCUGGCAGUGGGUGAUGCAGAGGCACUGGACUGCUGCGUCCUGCUCACCCGUCUGGAGGAGAAAGGAGACGUGGGUAAGGAAAAGAACGCACCAAAAACGGGGAAACAAAAGAGCGUUAAAGUCAAAAAGAAGCUGCACUCCAGCUCCAUUCAAAGACGGACCAAAUCUGGAUUUAAGAAAACUUCCACAGCCAAUCAGAAAGCACCGGAACCAAAAAUCAACCAAUCUGACGCCUUACUCAUGUUUCCCGCGCCUGUCUUUGAGCCCCGUAGGCGGAGAAUGGCGUCUCUGAACGCGGAGGCUGUCAACAGCCUGCUGCUCUACAGAGACGACUCUCUCACGUCAGCUCUCUCAAAGAAACUGCUGCCUGCUAAUGAAGAUCCAGCUAAAACUGAACAUAGAGGUCAUAAAACCAAAAAGGUUCCUUCAGAAGGGAAAGCGGACCCAAAAGAGAGACCUAAAAAACAGAGGCGGUCAGCAGUGGAGGCUCAAGAAAUCGACUGGUGUGCUUUGUUUGCACCGACGCCCCGACGUCAGGCCGGCCUCACCGCUGCGACGCUGCUCAAGCUCACCAGUGCCGUGUACGGACCCAAACGGCAAAAGAAGACGGAGCCCAAGCCGGGAAGUGCAGGCGAAGCAGCAGCUACGACUCAGGAUGAGAUGAGCGGGAAGCUGGCGUGUGGAGAAACGGCGCUGACCAAAAGACGAACACGUCCCAAACACGAGGACCAACUGAAGCACAGAAAACAGGGUACAGAGGAGCCGGUUCAUUCCCUGCCGGGCUCGACCUUCCAGGGCUGCUGUAGUUUGUGUAAAAGCGAGGCUUUGGACCCGGAGUGGAAGGGCACCGCGGGAGGAGAGGAUUGUCUCAAACAUUCGCUCCACCGUGGCUCUUCGCUGGGGUUCCCGUUGAAAACAAUCAAAGAGGAGCAGGUGGAGGCCGAGGUGUCCUCCUGCUACUGCUGCUCCCAGGAGAGGUGCGUCGAGUACUGUCACAGACUCGCCCUCUUCCUGGAGGACAAGACCUUCAAGGAACCAGAGGAUGGCUCACUGUCCGAGGUGUUCCACCACCACCACCACCACCAUCACCACCAUCACCACCACCUUCAGGCCACCCACCCAGCAGCCAUAACCAUCAGCCCGCACACGUACACCUGCUUCCCCGGCUACUACGUUCACUUCAGCCACCCGGACAACUCCCCCUCCCCCAUAUCACCCCUCACGUUAUGCCCAAGAAGCGGCAAGAGAGCCAAGCUGCUCCCGAGCACCAGUCCGCAGCCCUCAGGGAUUACCCAUCCAGUGUACUGCUGCACCUCAGUGGAGGCGUGCUACGGAGAGCCCUGCAGGAUCAAGGGCUACUCUUCCUACACCAGUGUGAUUCCAGCCAUCACCAGAGGAGGGUGCUCCUUCAGCCCCACAGACUGCACCGCGUGCAACCACGGCAUCAAAAGAGACGACUACUCAUCAACACUCAAUGACCAUCACAGCCCCUCCUCCAUCCCCAUCUGUCCCAGCCCCAGAAUCCUCACUGGUUGCCCCAUUCCCACUGUGCCUCCAGCCGGCCAAUCAGUGCCCCACGUUCAGACUCCGCUGUCCGACCCCAGCCAACCACAGCCUCCGCUGCAGGUGGCGAAGGAGUGUCCGCAGAGUGCCAAGUCGCCCAGCGGGUCGAGGUCUGGCGCGCGCAGCACCGGCAGCAUCAGCUCGGCUGUCUGCCCUCUCAACAGGGACAAGAAACAGAAGCUCGGCUCUGCCAGCGUCGGAGAGCGAACGGUUGCCAAGCAGCCGAAGAACAGCCACCAGAAAACCACCAACGGCUGGCAGCCAGUCGGCCUGCCCUUUCAGAAGGAGGUUUUCUCAGUGGAAGAGGAGGCUCUGGUGCUGAGGAGGUGUUACGAAGGAGUCCAGAGGGACGGGGAUCUGAUCCGGGUCAGAGACACUGUUCUGCUGAAAUCUGGACCUAGGAAGAAGUCUCUGCCUUAUGUGGCCAAGAUCUCAGCUCUGUGGGAAGAGCCAGAAUCAGGAGAGCUGAUGAUGAGUUUGUUUUGGUACUACCGUCCCGAACACACACAGGGGGGGCGCAACCCCGAUAUACAUUGUGAGAACGAGGUCUUUGCAUCUCGUCACCAGGAUGUGAACAGCGUGGCCUGCAUUGAAGACAAAUGCUAUGUCCUAACAUUGGCACAGUAUUGCCGAUUUUGUGCCUUGGUGAAACGCCGUAGGGACGGCGUACGCGACAGCGCCGCCUCCCUCGUGGUGCCACCCGUUGUUGGCAGCGCCAUGCCCACCCACCACUGUGUGCCCGAUGACGUCGACCCGGAGCUGGUGUUUUUCUGUCGACACGUCUAUGACUUCCGCUACGGACGCCUCCUCAAGAACCUGCAGUAGCAUCUGGCGGGGCGCGACACGUGAUGCUGUGGGACGUGAGAUAAUGUUACUCUGGUUUCAUCCUCCACGACUUUAAUUAGCUACGCACCUACCUGCUGCCUGUGUGAGAGGAACUGGAAGUUCAGGAUGAAGGAUGAGAGAUGAGCUGUUCUUUGAUGAUUUUUUUUUUUUUAACUCUCUUGUUCAUACUUACAUGCCACACAUUUAUUUAGUACACGUAAUGGUCUGACAUAUUGUAUAAGAGUUAUUAUGGCGGUGUAAAUGGUCUUUAUCAUACAUGGCUCUCUGGUGUCGUAGCGGCUGUGUGAAGAACCUGAACGUACUCUGCUGUAGAAAAUGCUACUGUAGCUCUUAGAAAAUGUGACAUUUGGUAGAUACGAAGAGAAGUUGAUGUUACAUGUGAAUUACUGUCUGCCUGACAGAUAUCAGACACCCAGUGUGUCUCGAUGAUGCGCCAUGGCUAAAGAAAAUUUGAUGCAUAUCGUGCCACAUCAGUUCCUGAAGAGAGACGAGAAGCUAAGAGGUUUCAGAGUGACUGGAGAUUUAAUCGCAUUUGUCAUUUGGUUCCUCAGUAAUUUGCAGCUGCUCAGUUUUCUACGAGGCACUGCAGGCGGAGGUCUUCCAGAAGAGCUCCAGUGUUGUUAUUUGGGAAGUUUGCUGUCACGCUGUCUAGCUUGAGGGUUAGAUGAAAAGAUUUAUACUACACUCAAGUCUGUCUGGUGAAUAUGAAGCUACUGCCAGCCGCCAGUAAGUUCAGCUCAGCAUACAGGUUGGAAAAAAAGCGAAAGGGUUUUCUGAAGUUAGCUUUUUUCACUGGCUUUGGACAGAGCUGGGCUAUCUUAGGUUAGCUUAGCUUUAUUGUACCAUAGUUUUGCUUUGGUAAGCACAAAGACCACACCUUUGCUCUAAACCAAACUAACCGGCGGCUGGCUUCUGCUACAUAUUUAGACGACGAGUGGUAUUGAUGUUCUAAUCUAAAUCUUUGCGAGAAAGCAGAUUAGUGUAUUCUCCAAUUCUUAAACAGUUAUUAUUAUUUAGAGGGACAGUUUACCCCAAAAUCGGAAAUUUUCCUCUGACCUGUGGUGCUAUUCAUCCAUUUCUGUUGAAUUUUUCAAAUGUAUUUAUUUGGCGCUCUGAGCACCACAAGCCAUCUAGUUCCAUUGUAUUAGAGAGAAUGCAGACGUCUCUGCGGUCGAUAUCUCAACAACUCCAAACCUAAACAACUGCGAUGAAUAGAUAGCACUGUAAGAGGAAAAAUAUACAUGAUUUCAUUGUGAGCUGUCCCUUUUUUCGAUCAGAAGGUUCGAUUGAAUCAAGUUUAACUUUUUUCUUUUUCCACUGAUUAAUUACACGCACACCAAACGAUGAAAUGUUGGCGUGGCUGCGUCUCUCGUGACCUCACGAGAAUUACAAGUUCUAUGUCAUAUCUGUAACUCUGAGAUUCCCCUCUGCGGUGACUUUCACAAUUCUGUACUGACCUGCACUCUACAGAGAUAGCACAGCUCAGCUGAUUUGAUUUUUCGCAGUGUGAAGAUGUCCAGUGAGCCCUGCAUUGAGGGGCUUUCUGUUAUGCCAAUGCUUAGGAAUAUUUUACUUUCUCAAAGCUGUUUCGCCGAAGGUGUGAUUUGACAUCCGGCGUCAGCUGACUGUAUAUUUGCAUUUAUAUAUCUGGAUGAGUGUCUGUUCAUGGCAGAUGGCAUCAGUUAGUCACCUAUAUUCUUGUUUGUUCACCGAUGAGACGGUGAGUAAUGUAUUCAGUGUAGCAUUUAGAUUCUGUGAUGAUGAUGAUUCAUUCCUAUGUUUGAGAGAAGAUAUGUAUUUAUUUCUGUACUGAGAAAAUAUAAUUUAUUUUCAGAAGAUAAUUUUAACAAAAUAGAGUUUUUAGAUGAGUGGCUUUCAUUCCUGUUUAGAGAGGAGGUCGAGGCUGUCUCCCCCUCUUAGCUGCACUGUCUGAGAUGAAAAGUGUGUGAGUCAUUCGCGAUAGUAUUUCUGUAACCGAUUGAGCUUGCUUGCCCAAUACGAACCUACUAAAUGUUGUGUUGAGAUGUGUGAAGUCCCCCGGGGGACACAUUCAGAGUAUUUGGAAGGAUCUUGGAUACAGUUUUUUUUGAAGGACACCUGCAAACGUGUGACCAGAAAUGCUUAACCUGCAGGACCAAACCGCACCUUGGCCUCUCCCAGCUCCCUGCCGUUCUCCUGUCACUCCGCAGAUGAUAAAGCUUUUGCCUCUUCACCUUUUUAAAUGCCGACUUUUGCGAUGAUUUAAGCCCGACCUUGCCAUUAGCCUGUGCCCUUGAUCUUGCUGCCUUAGAGAACAUUCCCAGCCUUUCAUUUAGAAACAUGCACCGAUAUCAGACCUGGGGUAAUGAAGCUUUUUUUUUUUUUUUUAAGCGUGCUGAUCCAAAUUCCUAGACGCAGGUCCAUCGACAAGAGUCUGCCGACGUUUGAUUAAAUUUAAAAUGACACCCAACGCUCAACGUUUUGUGAAAUAUGCUCAAUUACUUUCUUGUGGGGAGUUAAACAAGAAGAUUGAUACCACGCUCGUACCUUGACGCUGCAGCGGAUUAUCCUAGUUUAGCAUAAAGACUGCAGGGGGAAAUCUGGCUUUGUUGGAAAACGCAACAAAAUCCACAAUCCAGCACCUGUAAAGCUCCCUAAUUAGCACAUUGUUUAUAAAAAAUGAAAGCAGAAAAACAAGUUUGCUGAUGGCUGCUUUCAGUCUUUAUGCAAGGCGAAGCUAAUCGUCUGCCGGCUGCACAUUCGUAUUCGGUGCACGGACAGAAGGCGUGGUGGAGAAUGAUUAAGGUAUUUCUCAAAGUCUUUUAACAAUUGCUUAAAGGAUAAUUUCACCCAAAAAUGAAAAUUCAGCCUUUAAUCCCUCACAUACCCACGGAAGGUUGCAUGAAGCUUCAUUGUUAUCAAGCCCCAGAGUUCAGUUGUGUUGUGUUACAUUUUAAAACAAAUCCCCAUCCACUUCAUUCGUUUAGCAGAAUGCUCAUUAUGCUGUUAACCCCACUUAACCUGAGUAGAUAAUGACUGAACUUUCAGAUUUGGGUGAACUUAUCCUUUAAAGUUUGCAGUUUGGGCUUCCUGGAGAGCAGCGGUUGCAGUCAGCUUGAAUCCCAGCAGUUGCAAUGGAUUACAGUUGUAACAAGUUUUCUAUGGCGGACAAAAAAAAGCAAACAAUGUCCAAAGAAACUUUUCUCAACAUUUCCUUUCUCAUAAUCCUUCUCUCAACUGUCCAUCUGUGCGCUCAUUGUGUUCCAAACGAUCCCAUUUUGCCAAAUCACAGUUAAAGAUGCAGUAUUUUUCAUCAAGGUUGAUAGCACAGCGAGAAAGCCGUGCACUCAGCCAUAUUUUGGUCAAAUGGUGAGUUACUGAAAACACUGACGAUACGGAUGGACAGCAAGAAUUUGCAGGAUUGUUGGAGACGUUUUACCUCCACACCUUUCCUUGGAUCCUAUUUAUUCGGCACGUUUUCAAGCUGACCGCAGCCGCUGCACAUGAAAGAGGAAACUGCUCAGAGCCACCUUACAAGAGCAGCGGGUGAUUAUGUGAGUGUCAAAAGAUAGAUUUGGGUGGAGUAUCACUUGAAAAUGCCCACACCCUGCUGACUUCUGCUUUACUCCCUGUACAAAGGGUGGGGGCAGUUACAUUUUGUGUGUUUUAUUUUUGCAGAAAUAGAACUUGCAAUAAUUAAUUAAUGGAUUCAUUUUUGACUUUGGACUGGAGCAAGGCUGCUCAGAUUAAUAUUAUAAUUAUUAAUAAUUAUUGGUUAAUUCGAUAAAUGGAAAAAUAGAAUAGACUCUGCUUCUCUCAGAAAACCAAAGGAUAUAUAGCAGACUCUCUCCACUGACUGAAACAUUAUUAUUAUUAUUUUUUAAUAAUGAUGGUGGAUGUACAGCAGUAAAAACCUACACAGCACAAUACGACAAAGCAGAAUUGGGUAAAACACAUUUGGUUUGAUUUGUUCCUGCAAUUUAAAAUCCCCCUCGGUGUUCUGAAUCAGAGUUAGAGACCACACACAGCACAUAUUAUGGCCUUAGGAAUCACUCAGCAAAGUAAUUAUGUGUAAUCAAGAUGUGUGAUACUUAUGUCUUAAUUGGUCCUCUGUGCCUGUUCCCAUUAAGAGCAUAUAUAUAUUCCAAGUGUUUUUUUUUUUUUCUCCUUUUUUUUCCCCUAUCGAGAGAAGGACGAGCAGUUACUGUUGUUUUUUUUACCCACCUUCCAAAUGCCUUCCAUUUUUGUCAGAUGACGCCGGUCUGAUCUCGAAUCACCACAAGGAAAGGUUUGCACCAAAAAAGCGAGAGAGCAGAGAAGGCAUCGAAACAUGACUUUCAUUUCAUCCCCAGGUGUACAAAAACCUAAACUUUGGUUCCUCUGAUGUGAGUUUUAUGUUCUUAUUCUUUGCAUGGCAUUUUUUGGAAAUAUCUUGGAAAUAUUAAUCACAGCACAGAUUAUUUGUAUGGUUUCAAAUGGACCUCUGUAAUAUAAGAAAAAUAUUUAAUUGUAAUAAAUAAUAUAUGAGUUUGAACAUG